CUCUUGCGCUCCGUGAAAUGGGGAUUUUUUAAGGUUUUUGGGCUUCUUGAUAAAGAUAUAGGUGAUAUGAGUGAAUUCAAGUCGUUUCCCAACACCCGCCGUUGUUCCCUUUGCAAAAGUGGGUCGGAAAAGUGUAAGAAACUUGGAAAACCGCAGCGCGAAGGAUCCCCAAAAAGACCGAACAGAAAUCUAUAGUCUUUAUGGGUAUAGUCUUUUAGUCAUAUAAGAUCGGCCACCAAAAAGGAUUUUAAAUCUUUUUACAACCGGAAAUCAACCCAAGAGGAUUUAGUAAUCUGCGGCCGAGAUCUGGGUGUCCCAAGAGGAAACCAUCUGAAGCCGCAAGAUCUCCAGCACUUACGGCAACGGAAACGAACAUCCUGACAAAGAAACAUCCGUAGGAAUCGUUAACAGAAAGAACAGCAGCAUAAAAACCCUCUGCUAAAUCCUCUUCAUCGACAUGGACACUCCCGUGGGGCGUCGCCGGAGUAAUUCUCGCGUGAAUGCCGAGGACCAGGCACUAGAUCAAAUCGCCAAGGAGGGCGAAGCUCGCCUAGCGGCUAUCCGCCAAGCACGAGCCGAGGCUCGCGAGAUCCGGAUGCGUGAGCUCGAGCGCAAACACCGGGCACAGGAAGUAAACGCGGACCGUGCAUUCGACCUGCAACAGAUGGUCGCCACAACGGAAGGAGCCGUACCUGCUGGUGGUGUUGGUGGUGGUGGCAAACCCAGCGGUAACGUCAUCCUGCCCUCCACCAGUUGCUCCAACGCCCUGCUAGCUUCCCGCAUCGAACGCGCCGUUACCGAGCUGGCCUCGUCGAGUGCAAAGAUUGUAGCCAGCUCGAGCAAUACUGCCGCCACGAAGGAAGAAUUGCUACAGGGCAUGUCGAACAAUCUGCAGGAGGUCCGGGACUGCUUCCGCUCGAACAUGGUGGAGUUGGCGCAGCUCGAUAACGAUCGGACAGCCUGCAGUUAUCAGAUUGAGCUGUUGAAGGAUUCGUUGAACGACGUGGAGGAGGAGUUCGCGCAACUACAGCGCGAAUAUCGCGACAAGUGCAAGGAUCGCGAGGCUACAAAGCGAGAGAAUGACAAACUGCUCGAGGAGAUUCGACUCGUCCAGGGCCAGCUGAUGGAGCGCGAUUCGCUUAUCGCCAAGCACGGGCUGAUCAUAGUAACCAUCGAGAACGAAGACGGAACGGAUGCACAUCGGGCUCUGGUUAGCAACGAAAACGCUGACCUACUAGGAUCCGCCACGGGUUCGUUAGAUACACGCCUUCAGCAGUUCGCCAAGGAGAAGACCGAACUGCAAGCACAGCUACAGAGCAUACAGGAGGAGCUUAAGGAUAUCAAAAGCAAAGGGCGCCGAUCGGUGCCCCCGGGUGGAGGGGACGAUGACUUCAACGAGGACGCUCUGAGGGAUGCUAACAAGCAGAUCAACGAGUACCGAAACCGGCUGCAGAGUGCAAUGAAGGAGAAUGGAAAUCUACAGGCUAGUCUCGCUCGUGCGGAAUCGCUGGUGAUUCGUUUCCGCAGCACUGCCGAAGCAUCCGAGAGGGCCGAGAACGAGCUUAAGCUGGAGCGUCGCAAGCUGCAGCGGGAAAAGCGUGAGGCUGAAGAACGUGCGGACGAGCUCGAGACUACCAAUAACCAUCUACGGACACGACUGGAAAAAAUGCGUUCCUCCAAGAACGCACUACUGAAGUCGCUCGACAGGCGGCACGACGAAGACUGUUGAACGCUGGUGGCGAAGGUACCAGGUCACGAGUAUUACGCAGCAUUAUGUUAACCUUUCAUUUUAGCAGCAUUACUGAGGAGCAUUUGUUUAUAUUAUUAUUUGGCCGCGUGAUAGACUAGUAGUGUUAGCGGCAUCGAACAAUGGCGACACACGCUUUAAGCAACUGUGCGAUCUUGCAAAGGUCUUGGAAUCUUGGAAGACCAUCAUCAUAACGUAACACCAACAUCAACUAUAGUUAUGUACAAGACAGAACAAAAGAACACUUUCCCUUCCCACACCUUCUUCAGAUGCUCAAUGCUCACCUGUACUGCACGGAGUAAGCAGGUCAGGGCUAGGCAGGAACGUAGGCAAAGCAACCCGGUUAAUGCGUUGCCAUAGCGAUAUGAGCAUGCAAAUUCCUAUUCCUGUUUGCUUCCAAAGUAGUACAUACUAUGCUUUAAGUGCCAGCAUGCCAUGCCACAGAGUAUCUGCUAGCCUUCCGGAACGAAUGCAGGCAGCGAUGUAUGUAUCCUCUAGCUGUAAGGCCUUUAUACAAACAAUGCCACAAUGUAUAGAGAAGCAUUUAUAAGGAUUAAUUAACGAGUUAACGACAAAUAGAGAGGGCAUGUCUAUUGUUUAAGUUGUUUGUAUGUAAAAAAAUCCAAUUUGUCAGCGGCGAUCAUCUGUCGUUUUGAAGGAUAAAUACUCCUUGUAACUAAUCCAGCUAAUCUUUGCUGGCGUCCGGCGUCACCGUUAAUAUCCUCCAAGAGCUUCUGUUCCACAAUUUUCCCCCACUUUUUUGGUCUACGGAAUCAUAAUUGUAGCAAAUUAUAAAUAAAUGGAAUGCAAACCUGAUUUUUUUUCUGACGAGAGGAUUCAAUCGGAAAAGCUGUUGUACAUAACCUUUUUUAUGAACAAGCAUCUUCAUUCUACUGAUUGAGAUCAUUCUAAGAAUAUAUUGAAAUAAACACAGGGUCUACGAUGACAUCAUACAUGGAGGGUCGCACAUGGCAGACGAUCGUCACGAUGUCAUCAUGAACAGAACCUACCU